AGCUAAUCAGUGGCCUUACCAGCCAUUCUAUGGAAGCGCAAUGGCCUAUUCCAUUUAAAUCAAGCCAUCCCUCUGUUAUUAGCAAACUAAAAGCUUCAGCUUUGUAGGAGGAUUUAAAGGUACCACUUCCAACACUAAUCGGCUUAAAGGGACUAGCAUAACUGCAUGGUCAGAGGAGCAGAUAAAAGAAACCAGAGUUCAAACUUGUUACAGUGAAAGGCACUAAACUGUAUGGUAAAGAAGUAACACGCUAGGCAAAGGCUUUGAUUUUGCACCGGAAAACAAACACGAGUAAUGCCUGCGGAUUUCAACGGUUAUUGGAAAAUGCUCAGCAAUGACAAUUUUGAGGAGUACUUGAAAGCACUUGAUGUAAAUAUUGCUAUAAGAAAAAUAGCCAAUAUGCUUAAACCUGACAAAGAGAUCAUUCAGAACGGAGACCACAUGAUCAUUAGAACACUCAGUACUUUUAAAAACUACAUCAUGGAUUUCCACAUAGGGAAGGAAUUUGAGGAGGAUUUAACAGGGGUGGAUGAUCGCAAAUGCAUGACUUGCGUGACGUGGGAUGGAGAUAAACUUCUUUGUGUACAGAGAGGAGAAAAGGAAGGCCGUGGCUGGACCCAGUGGAUUGAAGGUGAUGAAAUGCACUUGGAAAUAAGAGUUUGUGGUGUGAAGUGUAAGCAAGUAUUUAAGAAGGUACAGUAAAGAGACUGACCCCAGAGACCAAGAAGGUGGACACUGUGGAUGGACCUACUGCCAAAUCUUCAGAAGCUGCUUGAUCACAAAUGUUGUAUUCUUCCUUAACAGUUAGAAAAGAUAACAUGGCCAACAUCUACACGUGUUACUUGAACUCUGUAGCAGUUUUUUUUUUUUGUUGAACAUACGGACUUUUAAAAGGAGAGAAUUGAAUCUUAACAACAUAAUUAUGGUAUGAACAUUCAGAUUAAAGCUGAUGAAAUCUGAA